AUGUGUGAUGCGAGUGACUUUGAUAAAGGGGAAUUGGAUGAUGACUUUGAUUGGAGUUUAACUGGUUUCAAACAAACUGAUUCAAAUAAAUUUAUCAACUCAAAAAUUGUGGUGACCCCGACCGCCAAAAGGCCUUUAGAUUCUUCGAGUACCUCCACGCCAUCAAAUUCAUUUCAAACUUCGAAAAGUGCGCCGACAAAUCAAGAAGAGUUGGGGAAGAAAAGUGACAUCACUGAUUUUGAUGAUGGUUCCGACUGGAAUUCGUUUGAUACACAACAACCGACGAGCGUAAAGGGGGCUCCAAAAGUCAAACCACAUUUUUUGUCCGACUUGAGUGACUUUGAUAUUUCCGAGAGUUUCAAUCAAUCAAAAAGUGCUCCAAUAAACCAAGUCGACGUGUCUGAGGACUUAGAUGUCCAACAAGUCAUUCAAACCAAAAUAGGGGACAUUGAGUUACUUCGGAAAAUGGUGUUAAUGAAAGGGAUACCAUCAGAUCAGAACACUUUGAGAGCAAUAACGUGGUCUGUUUUAUUAGAACGACUCCCAUCAAACGCUCAGGUGUAUAUGAUUCUUUUAAGAUCAACACUGGAUCAAGGCAAUGAAAACACCAUCGAAUGGGAGUUGCAAGAGAUUAAGUGCAAUGACCAACGCCGAGAACAAACCCGACGCGUGUGUCAUUGUAUCCAGAAUGUACUUGAAGUGAUGCAUAAAGAUGUGCAACAUAUCCCACAAAUCGUUGAUAUCUUCAUGGAAGUCUAUGAGGAGCUCCAAGCCUUUUGCGCGUGCACAUCGUUCUUAAUGAACAUGACAAAUUACUUUUACGACGAAAGUUGUUGGCAAAUCUCGUUAAUGAGGAUCAUCACCAACAUCGACUUCGAUUUGUCUCUUCAUAUCUUUCAAGAAAUUUCCGUCCUAACAAAUCACUACAUCAGCUUUGGUAGUCAAAAGUAUUCGAAAGAGGAGAUGGUGAUAUUGUUCGACUUCUUAGUAGCAACACGGCCAUCGUAUUUCAUCUAUAUUAUCUGUGCAGAACUCUUACUGUCAAGAGAGGAGUUAUUGCGUUCAAAAACCCCGGUGAGUACUCUCCUGCGCGCUCGACCAUUUCCAAUGAGAAGUCUUGUCAAGUUGGCACAAGUCAUCAUUUUAGAGUCGAAAAAGGAGAGCCGAGAAUAUAUUGAUUGUCUGUGA